GUGUGUGUUUGACUUUCCAAACUGUGAGAGCAUCCUCCUUACUCUGGUUAGUCCAGUUUGUCUCAUAAGUCCCACAUGCGGGCAAACAAAAGAUGACUUCAGUAGCCCUCGUCAGGGGACUUGGGCUCUGGGAAAGUGAAGGAUGCUGACUGGGCAAAACCGUCCAAAAAGAUAAGACGCAAAACAAACUGUAGUCACAGCUUGAGACCAGCAGUGCCAUAGACGGGAGGGGAGCUACAGAGAGAAACUUCAAUUUUGGUCUUCGUUUUAAGAGUUGACACUCACCAUGAAGUACAGGACGGUGGUGAUGUACACAGAAAUUGGCUGCUUUGUGUCCUGCCUUUGUGGCUGGAUCCUGGUGUGCUCCACCCUUCCCACAGAGUACUGGACCUUCUCUGAGGUGGGCAGCAUUGUGAUGACCACCUCCAACUACUACUCCAACCUGUGGAGGGACUGCAUCUCAGACACCACGGGGGUGUCCGACUGCAAAGACUACCCCUCCAUGCUGGCCCUGCCCGGGUUCCUGCAUGCCUGUCGAGCAUUGGCGGUCUGCGCGGUCAUCACUGGCUUCUUUGGCGGCGUUCUGACUCUCAUUGGCAUGAAGUGCACGAAAAUAGGCGGAUCCGAGGUUGCCAACGCAAGAGUGACCUUCGCAGGCGGAAUCACCUACCUCGCCUCGGGCUUCUGUGGUAUGAUCACUUACUCCUGGUGGGCGAACAGAGUCAUCACAGAAUUCCUCGACCCAAAUUUCAGGGCGCAAAAAUUUGAGCUUGGAGCUGCAGUUUUCAUUGGCUGGGGGGGCUCCAUCCUUUUGCUCUCUGGUGGGACUGUGCUGAGUUACUUCUCUGGAAAAGAAGGUCUUCCGUCAGGUUCAUCAAACCGACCACGGAGACCAGCCACUUACGCCACCGCCCGCACUCGAAAGACGUACAUGCUCCCACCCACCACAUCCAGAGUCAGUCUGGGACCACCGCUGUUUUAUGAGGAGAGGAAGAGUCGACCAAGCAGAGCAGCAACAAAGACGACGGGCACCUUCAGCAGGGAUGACUUUGUCUGAGCAAAAGGGGGGAUUCUCAAAAAGCGGACUUGCAUUGAGAAAAGGUUGCCAUUUUUUUUUUUGAUAAACACUGGAAAUAACUAGCUAAAUGUCACUUUAGUCACUGUGUUUGAAAAAAAGAAAAAAGUUUACUUCUCUCAUGAAAGUGUCAUCCUUUAUUUUAACACAUCUUAUUGUUGAAGGAUUUAUAAUCAGCAUUUUGUUUUUGAGCAUUAUCUGGAAAUGAGAUUCUCCAGCCUUCUGAUUGGCUAAAAUGAACCAGGCUUUGACCGCCCUUGGUGUUUUGGCAUGACCUUGAGAGACUGCUAAUGUCUCUUCCUGAAGAUUUUACUCAGUGUGGGAUUCCCAAAAGUAUAUCUAUGCCUUUGUCUUAAAUACGUAGCCAAGUGUAUGAUUUA